AUGAACGGCUACCGCAACCUGGCCUCGUCCCCUCCGGCGCCCAGCGGCGGGGAGCCGGAGCCGGAGCCGGCCCCGCCCCCGGCCGCGGCGAAGGAGGGCAAGUGGGAGGGCGCGGCGGUCGGCGCGGCGGCCAUGGCCAGGAACCUCUCGUCCGCCUCCCAGAGGUUCGCGGCCGUGGAGCGGAGCAAGUCCACCGGCGGCCACCGCGGCGGCGGCGGCUUCCAGGCGGCCGUGAGGCGGGCCUUCUCCAUGCGGAGGCAGCCGGCGUCCGGCCUCUCGGAGGGGUACUGGCGGAUCCACGACGGCCUGGACGACGCCGAGGACGAGGCAGAGGCGCCCGAGGAGGUCGACGCGCAGAAGAAGACUCAGGUGGCGGAGGCCGCGGUGCCGGGAGACGCCGCGGCGAGCAACGACGAGAUCGGCCAGGAGGAGACGAAGAAGAAGAAGAAGAAGAGGGGCCACAUCUUCAAGGCGUGCAAGAAGCUUCUUGGGUUCAAACAUGUCUAG